GUGAUGUGGGGAUUGUGUACAAGCCGAAAACCCGCGCAAAUUCCUGCGUCAAGCAAAUGCCAACACAAAGCAAAAGCGCAGCGUAAAAUCUUUUGUUAGACAUCGUAGAGCAUCAAUAAAUUUAACUUAUUAAUAUUUAUUGUCAGUUAAUUGUUAUUACAUAAAAAUGGCAGAUAAAAAAGUCAUUUUUGGAAUGGAUCAAAAUGGACAACAAACAUUUGUGAGAUUUUUUAAAACUCUUCCAGAGAAAUCCAGCAGCACCAUAAGGUUUUUUAAACGAAAUGAUUACUAUACUUGUCAUGGGGAAGAUGCACUGUUUGUUUCCAAUGAGGUUUUCAAAACUACAUCGUCGUGUAAAAUGAUUGGAGCUGAUCCGAAUAAACUGGAAAGUGUACUGGUGAACAAAGCAAACUUUGAAAAUCUUAUCAAAGAUCUAUUGCUAGUUAAGAGAUACAGAGUCGAAGUAUAUGAGGAUAAAGGAACAGGAAGGAAUCGUUGUUGGGAAGUUGAAUACAAAGGAUCACCUGGUAAUUUAAGUCAAUUUGAAGAAAUACUUUUUGAUUCUGGUGAUAGUCAGGCUGAUGUCAUUGCCAACGGAGCUAUCAUGGCUGUAAUUAUGGGAAUGGAAGGAAAAUCCAAAGUGGUUGGAUUGAGUUGUAUCGACACAAUGUCAUCAGUAAUUCGCGUCGCGCAAUUCAUGGACGACGAAGCAUUUUCCAACCUUGAGGCCCUCACAGUCACCAAUUCACCCAAAGAAUGUCUGCUUGUUCAAAGCGAAAACAGCCAAGACUUCGAGACCAUCAAGGGCAUAAUUGAGCGAAACAACGUGAUGGUUACCCUGAAGAAGAAAAAAGAUUUUGAAAAAGACUCAUUGAUAGACGAUCUAAAUGUGCUGUUGAAAUUCAAAGAAGGCGAGAAAGAGAGCGCGCAUAUUUACCCAGAGACUAAUUUAGAGCACGCAAUGGCCGCGACUGCUGGUAUAAUUAAAUAUUUAGAAUUACUGACCGAUCAGGGAAACUUGGGUCAGUAUAAAAUUGAAGAUCUCAAGCAGUACCAUUUUCUGAAGCUCGAUUCCGCGGCAAUAAGAGCUUUGAACGUCGAUCCACCUCCCGAGUACCGACUGGGAGGGAACAGAGGCGCUCCUACCAGUAUCCACGAGCUGCUGGACAAGUGCAAAACUCCUCAGGGUCAUCGACUUCUUAGUCUCUGGUUGAAACAACCGCUCCAAGAUCUCGCCCUCAUUCAAGAACGUCAUGAUAUCGUCGAGUACUUCGUUAACAACAGCAGCGUUCGUUCCGAAGUCAGUAAUGAAUACCUGAGACAAGUUCCUGACUUAGAACAACUGGCUAAAAAAUUACUACGAAAAAAAGCGCGCCUUCGUGAUAUUUACAAAAUUUACGACUGUGUAAGCCGUCUUCCUCAAUUAAUUGAAGCUUUAAAUGACGAUUCUACUCCAGCAGCAUUGAAGUCAAUAAUUUUAGAACCACUGAGAGAAAAUGUUACCGAUAUGGAUAAAUAUCAGCAGAUGGUUGAAGAGACUGUUGAUUUUGAUGCUGUGGAAACUGGAGAAUAUUUUAUUAAGCCAUCUUACAGCAGUGAUUUGACUGAAUUAAAUGAAUCAAUUGAAAAGUUGAAGAAGAAAAUGAGGUCACAAUUAGCUAAAGCUGCUGAAGACUUAGGAUUAGAAGCUGAAAAAACGAUCAAAUUAGAAUGUACUGCCCAGCAGGGAUACUAUUUCCGAGUAACGUUGAAAGAAGAGAAGACUGUGAGAAAAAACAAAAAUUACACAGUAUUUGAUUCAAUUAAAAGCGGCGUUAAAUUCCGCAAUGGAAUAUUAGAAUCGUUGAAUCAAGAGUACUUGGAUGAUAAAGAAAAAUAUGAGGCAGAGCAGAGAUUAAUUGUCGUAGAAGUGAUAAAUCUCGCUAUCGGAUAUUGUUCGACGAUGAAAAAUAUUGCUGGAGUUGUUGCCAUUCUGGAUGUGCUCUGUGCAUUCGCCGUAGCCGCUACUAGCACACAGAAGACGUACGUCCGUCCGAAAAUGAUGCCCAGUGACACUGGAGUGAUGAAAUUCACCCAGGCGCGACAUCCUUGUGUCGAAGGACAGGAGGAUGUUCAUUACAUUGCUAAUGAUAUUGAAUUCAAACGCGGCGAGUCGGAAUUUCAUAUCAUAACUGGUCCGAACAUGGGUGGUAAAAGUACUCAUUUGAAAACAGCUGGGAUAGUUGUUCUUCUUGCUCACAUAGGAAGUUUUGUACCUUGUGAUGAAGCAACAAUGUCUAUGGUUGAUUGUAUCUUUGCUAGAGUUGGUGCUGAGGAUUCUCCUUUUAAAGGGCUGUCUACUUUCAUGGCUGAAAUGAUUGAGAUGGCCUACAUCAUGAGAACUGCAACAUCAAAUUCACUUAUUCUGAUUGAUGAACUCGGUAGAGGAACGUCAACAUACGACGGUCGCGGUUUAGCUUGGGCAAUAGCUGAAGAUUUAGCAAAAAAUACACGGGCCUUCACGUUCUUCGCUACCCACUUCCACGAAAUUACAAUUCUCGCUGAAGACAUACCGACUGUAAAAAAUUACCACGUAACCGCUCUCGUGAAAGGCGAGGACGUAACAUUUCUGUACGCCGUAAAACCCGGAGUUAGCGAUCAGAGCUUUGGAAUAAACGUCGCCCGAAUGGUAAACCUCCCUCCCGAAGUAAUUGAUUACGCAGAAAAGAAACUCGCUGAUCUAGAGGAGAAUCAGCACAUCUAUGAAGGGUUUUUCGAAGGCCCCUACGACGCAGCUCAGAAAAGAAAAUUUGUCGUCGAAGCUGAUGCGCUGAUUGAAGAAUUUACUGCCAAGUGCCGAAAGCUGGACCAGUCACUGCCUGAGGAUGAGUUGAUGACCAAAAUCAAUGAGUACAAAGAAGAAAUAAUCGCUCAUAAAAAUCCGUACAUUGAAGCCUUGUUGUCUAAAUCAAAAUCUGUUACCUCAUAAAAUUAUUUUUAAAUAUUUAAGUAGUAUUAAAAUUGCGCGCGAAUAGAUAAUAAGAUUUUUUGUAUACUUAAUUAUAAUUUUACCAUAAUUCUAACACAUAUUUUGCUCAACUCUCUUAUAGAUUAUAGUCCAUAUGAUUACUAAAGUUUGAACAAACUAGCGUUUAAUUAAAAUCAAUUAUUUAUAAUUAAAAUAGGCACUUCUAAAAAUAAAACGUGUACAUCAGUUAUGUAUUUAUAAAUUUAAAUAGCCAUGUUAUCAACAGUA